GAACAAUUUUGGAAACUGAGCACCAUUGUCUUCCGUUCUCUGAGUUUUGAGUGGCACUGUGCGAAAAAAGAUUGGAGGGUCAUUAAUAAUGCCACAUACGUUCGCACCCGAUCCGAUGCUUCGCCGGCCGACAGUUCCUUCCUAGAUCCCAACAGUUGCAGAAUUAUUAUCUUCUCUCAUGGAGUCAAUAAUAGCUCGAGCUCUGGAGUACACGCUGAAGUAUUGGCUGAGGUCGUUCAGUAGAGAUCAGUUUAAGUUGAGAGGGCGCACCGUGCAGCUUUCUAAUUUAGAUAUAAAUGGAGAAGCAUUGCAUGCUAGUGUAGGGCUACCGCCUGCACUGAAUGUUUCCACAGCAAAACUCCGAAAAUUGGAAAUUAUUCUCCCAGCAGUAAGCAAUGUGCAAAUAGAGCCAAUAGUCGUCCAAAUUGAUAGGCUUGAUAUAGUUCUGGAGGAGAACAACAAUUUUAAUACACCUAAUAGCUUUAGCAGCGGAACAACACUUUCUAGCUCCACAAAGAGUAGUGGAUAUGGUUUAGCGGACAAGGGGUAGAGGUCGCCUUAAGGGCUCAAGACACGCCUUGAACCGAGAGGCAAACUCAUGGAGUUUAAGCGCAAGAUUGCUGAUGGAAUGACUCUAGAAGUGCAUACUGUUAAUCUUUUACUUGAAACUCAUGGUGGUGCUGGACACAGUGGAGGAGCAACUUGGGCAUCACCUAUGGCAUCAAUUACUGUAAAAAACCUUCUACUAUAUACUACAAAUGAGAACUGGCAGGUUGUAAAUCUCAAGGAAGCCAGAGACUUUUCCUGUAACAAGAACUUCAUAUAUGUGUUCAAGAAGCUGAAGUGGGAAUAUCUUUCAAUUGACCUGUUACCACACCCGGACAUGUUCUCCGAUGCUCAUUUUGCAUCUUCUCAAGGGGGAUCUGAUAGGAAAGAUGAAGAUGGAGCAAAGCGUGUAUUCUUUGGUGGAGAGAGAUUUGUAGAAGGAAUAUCAGGAGAGGCCAAUAUCACCAUCCAGAGGACUGAACUAAAUGAUCCAAUGGGGCUUGAGGUUCAGCUACACAUUACUGAAGCUGUUUGUCCAUCUCUGAGUGAGCCAGGACUAAGAGCUCUUCUCCGGUUCAUGACGGCCCUAUAUGUCUGCUUAAACAGAGGAGAUGUGAAUCCACAUGCCCAAGAGAUCUCUUUUUUUGUCACCAGCUCCGUCGUCUUCUUCAUCUCUAGAUCUUCUUGCGACUCUAUUCAUAUCUCCUUCGUCAUGGUCGUUGCCGCCAUCGUCGCCGGUGUCAUCCUCUUAGUCACUGUUGCCGUCCCAUUGGAAUAGGUGGCUGGUGGCAGUGAUAAGAAUAAUUCGGUGAGGGAGGAGUUAAAUUGAUGGGUAAAAAGGUCAAUUGGACACUUGAAAUUUUACUAAAAAGGGAAAGUAGAC